AUGAGUCUUUGCGAGAAUUGCCAUAAGAAUAAAGCCAACUUAAAGAGAUUUGAGACAGGAAUGAAAGUAUGCAAGGAAUGCUUCGCAUAUCUCUUUGAAGAAGAGGUUUAUGAAACAUGCACAAAGUAUAAUUUAAUCCAACCAGGAGAUGUAGUAGGAAUUGGUGUUUCAGGUGGCAAGGAUUCAACAUGUUUGCUCCAUGUUCUUCAUACAAUCAAUCAGAGGCAUAAUAUGGGCUUUCAGAUUCAUAUGAUAUGUAUAGAUGAAGGUAUUGUUGGCUACCGUGACAAUGCACUUGAAGCAGUUAAGUUCAACAAAGAGAAAUACGGACUCCCAUGUACAAUUAUUCCAUUCAACGAGCUUUUCGGAUGGAAUCUUGAUGAUAUCUACAAGGCAACACAUACAAAGGAAACUUGCACAUAUUGCGGUAUCUUCAGACGUCGUUCUCUCGACAUUGCUGCAGCUAGAGUUGGCGCAAAUAAGGUCGCUGUUGGUCAUAAUGCAAAUGAUGUUGCAGAAACAGUCCUUCUUAAUGUCCUUCGUGGAGAUAUCAACAGAUUUGGACGUUCUGUUGAUAUUAAGACCGAUGGAAUCAGCUCAAAUGUCGAAGAAGGCACAGUUGCUCCAAGAAUCAAACCAUUCGCAUUCCAGACUCAGCGUGAUAUUGUACUUUACGUUCACUUCCAGAACUUACGCUACUACGCUGUUGAAUGCCCUUACGCAGUCACAGCUUUUCGCAGAUUUUCUCGCGAAUAUCUUGUUGAAAAGGAAAAGACAGAUCCAGGUGUUAUGCGUCGUAUUAUCGAAGGCUCCAUCAAAUACCAGAACCAAUUCGAGAAAGAAGCACCAAAUAUCGGAUUUUGUGAGAAAUGUGGAGCUCCAAGUAACCACAAGAUUUGCAUGGCAUGCAACUUAAUCCAGAGACUUGCUGAUGCCCAUCCUAAAGUCCAAGUUGUUGAAGAUUCUGAAAAACAAAAUACAAAAUAG